CCGAUUUUGAAGGACACUUAGUCUAUUACACAUUCAUUACACGUUCAUUACACAUUCAUUACAGCUACAAGUGUUUCCGAUUAUCAGAAUAUCGUUUCUCUUUGUGCACUUUAUUUUGGGGCAUGCCAUUAUACUGGUGUGUGGGGCGGGUAUAUCACUGUGUAGGAGUAUGUGUGUAUCAGAGUAUUUGUAGUAUUAGCACGGUGUAGUGUUGAUAUACUGAUCUAGUAUUAGAGGAACGUUGUGGUGAACUAGCUGUAGUGUUUCACUGUAGUGCUGUAGUAGUACUAGUGAAUCAAACCAGUGUAUCAGAGUAUCAUUGUAUCGAUGUGUUGAUGUAGCAGAGUAUCUGUAGUAUCCAUGCACCAUAGUACUGUUUCGGUGUAUCAGAUUAUUUGUAGUAUCUGUGCAUAUCAAAGGAUCUGUAGUAUUGGUGUGUUGUAGUACUAGUGAAUCAAACCAAUAUAGCAGAGUAUCAUUGUAUCGGUGUGUUGAUGUGGCAGAGUAUUUGUAUUAUCCAUGUGUCAUAUCACUGUAUCGACGUAUCAGUGUAUCAGAGUACUUGUAGUAUCGGUGUAUAUGAAAGUAUCAGUAAUAUUAAUGUGGUGUAGUAUUGCUGUAUUGUGUUGAAGUGUUGGUGUAUCGAUGUAUCGGAAUGCCCGUAGUAGCAGUGUGUUGUAGUACUAGUGAAUCAAACCAGUAUGUCAGAUUAUCAUUGUAUUGGUGUGUUGAAGUAGCAGAGUAUUUGUAGUAUCCAUGCGCCAUAGUAUUGUUUCGGUGUAUCAGAUUAUCUGUAGUGUCUGUGCAUAUCAAAUGAUCUGUAGUAUUAGUGUGGUGUAGUAUUUAUGUAUUGAUCCAGUAUGAGAGUUGAAGUGUUGGUGUAUUGAUGUAGCAGAGUAUCCGUAGUUUCAGUGAGUUGUAGUACUAGUGAAUCAAACCAGUAUAUCAGAGUAUCAUUGUAUCGGUGUGAUGAUGUAGUGGGGUAUCUGUAGUAUCCAUGUGUCAUAAUAUCACUGUAUCGAUGUAUCAGAGUACUGGUAGGAUUGGUGUAUCAGUGUGUCAUUGUGUUGAAAGGUUGGUGUAUUGAUUGAUUAGAGUGUCUAUAGUAUCGGUGUGUUGUAGUUUUAGUGAAUCAAUCCAGUGUAUCAGAGUAUCAUUGUAUUGGUGCGAUGAUGUAGCAGAGUAUCUGUAGUAUCCAUGUGUCAUUAUAUUGUCUCAUUGUAUCAAAAUAUUGGUGUAUCAGAGUACUUGUAGUAUCGUUGUAUAUGAAAGUAUCAGUAAUAAUGUGGUGUAGUUAGGGCUGGACGAUACAGCAAAAAAAAAUUAUCACUAUAUAAUGUUUCAUAUCAUUCGGUAUUGAUAAUUAUUGAUAAAUUUGAAUUUUUUUUAAACAAAGAACAGUAGAAAAAAGUUAGUUUUUUAUUUUAUUUACCGACUUGAUUAAGUCAGACAACAAAUAAUUUUAGCUUUGUUUAAAUUCUAAUUUUAGAAUUUAAACAAAUAUAUUCUCUUACAUCUUAUAUGAAGAUUAAAUAAAUAAGUGUUAAAGAAACUCUUGAACUUAUUAAAUAAAAUGUUACAAAAUGUGUGCAAUGUUAAAGGCUAACUUUAAGGGAGAUCAACAUCACAUUAUAGCACAGAAUGGGACUCCUGGUGCUCUUGUUUGUGCUCUGCCUCUUAGCAUAGUUAGCCUAGCCUCGUAUAAAACUUCCACUUUAAUUCUUACUUAAUGAUAAUGAGUCUUUAUUGAUCACAUAUACAUUACAGCACAGUGAAAUUGUUUUCUUCGCAAACCCCAGCAUGUCAGGAAGCUGGGGUCAGAGCACAGGGUCAGCCAUGCUACAGCGCCCCUGGAGCAGAGAGGGUUAAGGGCCUUGCUCAAGAGCUCAACAGUGGCAGCUUGGCAUUGCUGGGGCUUGAACCCUCGACCUUCCGAUCAUUAACCCAGAGCCCGGCAGUGCUGGGGCUUGAACCCCCCGACCUGCCGAUCAGUAACCCAGAGUCUUAGCCGCCAAGCCAUCACUUGCUACCCCCCAAGCCACCACAGCCCCCCCCCCCCAACUUCUUCCGGACAACACUGUGCCGUGUCUGAAAAGUCGAGCUCCUGCUCUGAGGAAACCGACAUUUUAACAGAAAAAACAAAAAGCAGCAAAAUGUCACAUUUCUUCCUUGCCCACUGUUCAGAGUCACACGCACUGUACAUGUGCGGAACGCUGCGUAUGCGCAUUACAAAUCUCACAGCUUGUUUCUCCGUACUUGGCCGGGACGUUUUUUUUUUUUGCAAAGCUUACACACGACGGUGUUCUGAUGUCGGUCAGACGAAAAUAAACCAAAAAAAACUGCCACACUGAGAGAAAGGCAACAAUGAAAUGACUCAUGGGAUGGACACUAUGAACCCUCCAGGAACUGGAUAUUAAAAACUACCUACCUACCUACCACAAUAAUAACGGCAUAAUAAAUGUGAAAACUUUUUAACAUGCUACACGAAUGGGAAAGUUGGAAAAUGUGCAUUGUAGGCUGAACCUGCAACAACCUGCCAUGUUUUGAGCCAUUUCUAUUCCUUUGGUGUGAUUUUGAAAAGAAAAGAAAAGAAAAAAAAGCACCAUCACUGAAUAACCCAAUGUGCCCUUGAAGCGUGCAUGUCUGGCGCAAUGGGUUGGUGUGUGCAUAGCUAGCCAUAAAUCCGUUACCAUGGCUCAGACAAGUUUACUGCAGGGAAAGCGCUUCUACUGCCGUGAGUGGGUUUUCCACAAGAUCCAGCACUGCCUUCAGGAGAAAACUGGCACUUCCUGUGGCUCAGGAAGGGAAGGUCCACCCAUCUCAGGGGGUGGCGCUGCAUCAGGUGCAGGGAAAUCAGGAUCAUGGGGUGUUUUGCUGGUUGGAGGACCCGGAAGCGGCAAAACGGCACUUUGCACGGAGCUGCUGUGGCCGAGCUCGCAGCACGGCAAUCAUCGCGGUUUAAGCCAAUUCUGCCUGGCGUUUCAUUUCUGCCGUGCCGACGAUUCUGACACGGUGUGCGUGAGCGGAUUCAUACGAGGCCUGGUGACACAGAUCUGCAGAAGUAAACUCGUACCGCAGUAUGAGGAGAAAAUUCGUGACCCUGCCAUCCAGAAUGCGCUGAAGCCUGGAGAGUGUGAGAGGAACCCGAGCGAGGUGUUUAAAAGGUGUGUACUGCUUCCGCUUUUGAGCUGCACUCCUCCUCCUCAGGCCUUGUUUUUGCUCGUCGACUCCAUAGAUGAGGGAAUGAAAGCGGGUGGGACGGAGUCAAGCUCUGGCCCCUUGAACCCACGCAGCAUCGGCGAGCUUCUGUCUUCCCACCACGAACUCCUCCCACCAUGGCUCCUCCUCAUCUGCUCGGCCCGCCGCCAGAACAAAAAUAUCACCAAGCUUUUUACAGGUUUCCGCAAAAUCAGUCUGGAUGACCUACGUAAAGCUUACAUUGUUAAGGAUGUUCAGCAAUACAUUCUGCACAGGCUAGACCAGGAAGAGGCACUACGGCAACACCUGACCAAGGAGACAGCAGAAAUGCUUAACCAGCUCCACAUUAAGAGCAGUGGCUGUUUCUUGUAUCUGGAGCGUGUGCUAGAUGGCGUGGUUGACAACUUCAUCAUGCUCCGUGAGAUCCGCGACAUCCCAGGAACACUAAAUGGACUCUACCUAUGGCUCUGCCAAAGACUUUUUGUCAGAAAGCAAUUUGCCAAAGUGCAACCCAUCCUGAACGUCAUUCUGGCUGCAUGCAGGCCUUUGACAGUGAAGGAGUUGUACCAUGCUGUCUGGACUAAAAACAUGACCCUCACCAUGGAGGAGUUUCAGAAAAAGAUGGACAUUCUAUCCAAAUUGCUAGUGGAUGGACUCGAAGGUACCAAGAUUCUUUUUCAUUACAGUUUUGCUGAAUGGCUUCUUGAUGUUAAGCACUGCACUCAGAAAUAUCUUUGCAAUGCUGCUGAGGGUCACCGGAUGAUGGCUAUGAGCUAUACGUGUAGAGCCAAGCAGCUCCAACCUCUGGAGGUGCAGGAGUUUGCUUUUCACUUGAUCAACUCCAACCUGCAGAUCGAACCUUUUAACCUGGCUCUAUGGAUGGUGUGGAAUGGCACACCUGCAAAAGACUCUCUUUCUACAUCCAUUCCCAAAGAGCAGGAGGUCUUGCAGCUUCUGGUCAAAGCCGGAGCUCACAUCAGCAAUGAGGAUGAUCAUGCUUCAUGCAUUGUUCAACAAGCACUGGAACGAGAGGAUUCCAUCCGCACUUUGCUUGAUAAUGGUGCCUCAGUAAACCAAAGUGACUCCAGCGGACGAACUCUAUUGGCUAAUGCAGCGUACAGUGGCAACUUGGAUGUGGUGAAUCUGCUCGUUUCCAGAGAUGCCAAUAUGGAGCUUGAGGACAACCACGGACAGACACCACUCACACUUGCUGCCAGACAAGGACACACCAAGGUAGUUAACUGCCUGAUCGGCUGUGAUGCCAACAUCAACCACACGGAUCAUGAUGGGUGGACGGCUUUGAGGUCUGCAGCUUGGGGUGGUCACUCAGAAGUGGUCUCGGCACUCCUGUAUGCAGGUGCUAAGGUUGACUGUGCAGAUGCAGACAGUAGAACGGCCCUGAGAGCUGCAGCAUGGGGAGGUCAUGAGGAUAUUGUCCUUAACCUUCUACAGCAUGGAGCAGAAGUCAACAAGGCUGAUAAUGAAGGACGGACUGCACUCAUUGCAGCAGCCUACAUGGGACACAGAGAGAUUGUCGAGCACCUGCUGGACCAUGGUGCUGAGGUAAACCAUGAGGAUGUUGAUGGACGGACAGCUUUGUCUGUUGCAGCCCUCUGUGUCCCUGCUAGCAAAGGCCAUGCCUCGGUGGUUAGUCUUCUGAUUGACCGUGGUGCAGAAGUGGACCACUGUGAUAAAGACUGCAUGACUCCUCUUCUGGUUGCUGCCUAUGAAGGGCACGUGGACGUAGUGGAUUUGCUUCUAGAAGGAGGAGCAGAUGUUGACCACACAGACAAUAAUGGAAGAACACCUUUGCUUGCUGCAGCAUCCAUGGGACAUGCUUCUGUUGUCAAUACAUUGCUCUUUUGGGGUGCAGCCGUGGACAGUAUUGAUAGUGAAGGAAGGACUGUGCUCAGCAUUGCAUCUGCUCAAGGGAAUGUGGAAGUGGUCCGAACUCUGCUGGACAGAGGCCUCGAUGAAAAUCACAGAGAUGAUGCUGGUUGGACACCUUUACACAUGGCAGCAUUUGAGGGACAUAGGCAGGUGUGUGAUGCCCUCAUUGAACAAGGUGCUCGAUGCUCAGAGGUGGACAAUGAUGGACGUAUACCCUUGAUCCUGGCUGCUCAGGAGGGACAUUAUGACUGUGUGCACAUCCUUCUUGAGAAUAAGUCCUGCAUUGAUCAGAGAGGGUAUGAUGGAAGAAACUCCCUCAGGGUUGCAGCUAUGGAAGGACACAGAGAUAUUGUUGAGCUUUUGUUAAGUCAUGGAGCUGACAUAGACUACAAAGACGCUGAUGGCCGCCCGACCUUAUAUAUACUGGCACUUGAGAAUCAGCUAGGCAUGGCUGAGUAUUUUUUAGAGAAUGCAGCAAAUGUAGAGGCGAGUGAUUCUGAGGGCAGGACAGCUCUUCAUGUUUCCUGUUGGCAAGGCCAUGUGGAAAUGGUAAGGUUGCUGAUCAGCUACCAUGCAGAUGUGAAUUCUUGUGACAAUGAAAAGCGAUCUGCUCUUCAGUCCGCUGCUUGGCAAGGUCACACAAAAGUUGUCCAAUUUUUGAUUGACAGUGGCACUCAUGUUGAUCACACUUGCAAUCAGGGAGCCACAGCACUUGGCAUUGCUGCACAAGAGGGUCACAUUGAUGUAGUACGGAUUCUUCUUGAGCAUGGCGCAGAUCCAAACCAUGCAGACCAGUUUGGUCGUACAGCCAUGAGGGUGGCAGCCAAAGGAGGCCACUCAAUGAUCAUCAAACUUUUAGAGAAAUAUGGUGCCACUAGUCUGAAUGGCUGCAAUCCCUCACCUAUACAUACUAUGGAGCAGAAAACCCCACUGUCAGUUACAGGAAAGAUGCAAUCACUUACUAUCAAAUCCAGUAGUUCUGGCAGCACAGGAGCUGGAGAUGUUCAACCAUCAGGUCGAGGUUUAUCUAACGGACCUGUUCAUGCUUUCAGCUCCCCUUCUGAAUCUCCAGACUCCACAGUGGACAGACAGAAGUCCUCCCUCUCCAAUAAUUCCUUAAAAAGCUCAAAGAACUCAUCGCUGAGGACCACAUCAUCCACCUCAACAGCCCAGACAGUGCCCAUAGAUAGUUUCCAUGGACUUAGUUUCACAGAGCAAAUCCAGCAACACUCUCUGCCUCGAAGUCGCAGCAGGCAGUCUAUAGUUUCCCCUUCUUCGACCACAAAGUCCAUCGGCCCACAGCCGGGAUCUCCUACCAGUGAAUUUGACUGGAGUCAAGUGAAACCAGGUCUGAAAUCCUCUAAAGGAGGAAAGAGUGGGAAUGGGACAAACUAUUGCAUGAGAAAGGAAGGAUCUGGAGACAAGAAGAAAUCUAAAAAUAGCAGUGCCCUUCCACAUGGUCAAGUUUUGGAAUAUGAGAUGACCCAAUUUGAUAAAAGAGUUGCUCUCAACAAGCCAGUAUCCAACUUUGCAGUAAAGGAUCCUCAUUGCAAGAUUGUGCUGGGAGGCUCCAACACUCUGGACUCUGGCCAAUCGCAGGAGCCAUAUUAUAUCCAACAGCAGAGCUGCGCUGAAAAGAAGAGAAAUGGGAUUAUGACCAACCCUAACUAUCACCUACAGGGAAAUCAAGUCUAUUUAGGGAGAGUCUCAGUAUCCAGAACUCUGCACAGUAGGGGACAUCAGGAAGUUCUUGACAACUACCCAUUAGGGGAGUCUGAAUUAAGCCUUAAACAAGCUCUGAAACUGCAGAUUGAAGGAUCAGACCCUGGGUUCAACUACAAGAAAGAGACGCCAUUAUAACUGGCAUCUUAAACUGAAACCCUCAUCCAGAUGUUAUGGAGAAUGUGCCAAAGCAGCUGUUUUCAUCGGGGAAAAAAAUGUAUCAGAGGUCAGCUAGUCAGCUCAAAAGUGCUUGAUCUAGAAUCAGAUUUUAUGUGAAUAAAGUUGAAUACUACAUGAAAUUAUCAGAAAGGAACUGGUCCCAGAUCUGCACUUAACUCCUGAAAUGUAUACAUAUGCUCCCAGAAACCAUUGCUACUCAGCCCUCAGUGAAACACCCCAGCUAGAAUAAAAAAACAAGGGGGGGGGGAGAUGGGGGGGAUGUGGAAACCCAAGGGAAGUAUCCUGAUUGCAGCAUAUGGCAAAUAAUUUGAACUGAAUAUCUAUGUGCCUACCGAUGUUACAGCCUACUCAUAUUCAUGCACACCAUCAUUUUAAUUUAAUGUAUUGCUAUUUAAUAAGCCAUGUAUGCACUUUUAAUUUUUCUGCAAUGAGAAAAAAAAAAUCUAAAUCACUUAUACUUUUUUGUUUGUUUGUUUGUUUUCUCCUUCAUUUUUAUGAUUUUUAUGGUGCUUGUUUUUUUUAUUAUUUGUUUUUAAUCAAAAGAAAUCGGUUCAGUGUUUUUGCUUGUUUAUCACUUUUCUACCUGUAUAAAACAAGCAAAAUGGACAGCAGUGUAUCAACUGAGGAGGAUAUCAAGAAUAUCAAGAAUAUCAAUAAUCGCCUCUGGAAAAAAACACACCGUAUCUCUAUCCUAAUCUUGUUGUUAUAUCACAAAUUCAGUCAGUCAGUCAGUAUGCAUUUAAUAGUAACGGCAGAUACAAAUUACUCCCCAUCCGUGUAGUCAAUCAUAUUUAUUUUGGGAAAAAAAGCCACUUUUAGUUGUCAUACUAUUUCAUGGUGCUGUGUGCAGUUUUUAUUUGCUAGUAUGAUUAUUUUUCAACUUUGUCACCUACAUUGUCUUUUAUUAACUUUAUAUCAUGUUUAUUGUAGUAUUACCGAUGCCCUGAGGGGUGGGGUUUAUUUGACCUUGCCUCGCACUUUUAUUUAGUCCCUGUGGGACUUUUUUUUUUUUUUUUUUUUAACCAUUUAUUAUAAUGUUGAAUUAUUUACAGUCAUAUUUAAACAUGAAUAGAAUUUGGUGCUAUAUACAAAACGAUUUUCUAUAAUCAAAAAUUGACUGUAGGUUCAAUUUUUCCCUGAUCAUUUUCCACACUAUAAGACACCUUUUUUUUUUUUUUUUUUUUGAGAACGUACUGUGAUCUGUACAACCACGUAACAUAUGUUAUACAGAAUCCAACCAAUAAAUGAAGUGAAUUUACCCGUCAUCAUGGCAAGCACAAAUGACCAAUUUUUGUGUCUUGUUUUGAAGCCAUUAUUCAACUUUAUUUGACUCAGCCACCUGGUUCAUCAUGGGUGGACAAAUCAGGAAAUUUUUAUCUAGCCUGUCAGGCAAGGAAAAUCUCCAAUGUGUUGGUUUUUUUCUUUCUCUAGUUGUUAAACCUACUUGUCCAUAGUUGAUGAUUGACAUGAUUACAUAAAAUCUAAAUGCCUGCUAUACUGAAAUGUACUCAGUUUUACUUUCCCAUAAGAGAGUCAAGACUUAAACAAGAAUGUUAAUAUUGAUAAUUAAGUUUUGUUCACUGUCGUACUAUGACCUAAACUACAUUGCUAAAGUCUGUGUGAAGAACUGGAUGAGGUUUAAAGAUAUUUAUGAAAAAUAUUUGGGUGUGAUAGAUCAACCUUGCAUAUUUAGCUACAUUAGUCUCAUAGUUAAGAUGCAAACCUAAACAAAUAAACAUGUACACCAGACGCUGAUUGAAUAUCUUUACGCUAAUUUAUUGUUCACCGCAUUAUUCCGUAAAUGUGACUUCUGAAUUAAGCGACAUAUUUUAUUUUCUGAUAUAAAUGUGUCUUAUAGUAUGAAAAAUACGGUAAGCCUAUUCUUGUCCUGAAUUAUAUUUUCAAUGGGAAUUCCUAUACAGAAACAUUUUCUCUUUAUCAAAAUAUGAACCAGAAGAAAACAACAUGACAAAGAGGCUGGAAAUGUUCUCCUCUGUUAACAUUUUAAAGUAAUUCAUAUUUUGGUUUCAGGGCAUCAUCUGAAACGUGUUUCCGUCAUGCCAAAGUCGAAACAGUAACGGGAGAGUGAGUGAAUCUAUGAGUUGAGGGUGUGUAGCGCUUCGUUUUACGCUGCUGGCAGUGAGAGCUGAAGAAUAAAAGAAGGGUGAUAGCAACAAAAUAAAAAUAAUAAUAAAAGACUAACAAAGACAAUUGAAAGCUCGGUAUGUCUGAACAAGAGCCUUUCAUUCGAAGGUAGAGAGAGAGAAAGGAAUUCUGGACAGUAUUCAGAAAUGUUAAGCCAUCUGUUGACCUGCAGUGUUGCUUCAUUUUCUUUUUCUGUUCCUCCACCAUGCAUGUCUGUCUGUCCUGUGUAAUAUCUCAACUUCGGGGUUCGAUGAAAGAAGUGUGAGACUGGAGAUUGUAAAUAGCUUGACCAUGUACAUUUAAACUUAACUUUUUUUUUCUUGUAUUAUAUGAUUUUUUUUUCCCCGGACGUAUAUUAAAGUGCUUAAUAAACAUAUUUGCUUUACCGCUGAAGCUGUUUGUUUUCCUUGAUUCAGUUUUGUCUUUGACGACAGGAGUGUGUACGCACAGAAUUAUUGGCACUUUUGAAGAAAAUUAAAAUAUAAAAAGAGUAACACAUACUAUAAGUAAUAUUUUGAGCUUAUACAUACAGGGAGAAGGGGUAUGUUUCCCUCGCCUCUGCAAAAAACGCAAGAAAUUUCUGAAAUCCCAUGAAUUCGGAAAAAAAUGUUCGUAUCCUACUCAUGCUCCUGAGUGUGUGUAAAUUUAUGCAUGAGAAGACUUAACUAAUGCCUCGCACCUCUGAGGUUGAGGGUUCGAAUCCUUCCUCCACUCUGUGUGCAUGGAGUUUGCCAUGUUCUACCAGUGUGUGAAUGUGUGUGCGAUUGUGCCCUGCAGUGGGUUAGCACCCCUUCCAGGGUGUCCCCCACCUUGUGCCCUGAGUCCCCUUGGAUAGACUGCAGGCUCCUUGCAACCAUGUGUAGGAUAAGCGGUACAGAAAAUGGAUGGAUGGAUACUUACAGAAAGAUUUGGUUGCUGCUAUAUCCUGAUCAGGAUCACACUGUAUCAGGGUAGGCUAUCCCAGGAAUGCUGAGUCAAAGAUGGUGAACCUGGAUAGGGCACCAGUCCAUCACAGGGCACCAUGCAAACACAUAGUAGGACAUUUCAGCAUAGCCAAUCCACCCAUCAGUGUUUUUGAGAGGUGGGAGGAAACCACUGAACCCAGAGGAAACCCAUGCAGACAAGGGGAGAACAUGUCAAACUCCUUACAGACAGUAACCCAAGUUCAGGAUCAAACCAGAGAGCCUGGAGAUGUAAUGCAGCAACACUACCUACUGUGCCACCCUAGAGGAAUGUUGUAUAAUUUUAAUCAAACGUUUUUUCAAAACAUUUUUUUUUAAUAGUGCAAUAUGCAAUAGGGCUGUUUUGUUUUUUUUUCUACAAAACUCUUACAUUAAUAUUUUGUUGUCUCCAUGGCAGAUGUCACAACAGCCCCAGCUCUCUUCUCAUAAUGUUGAGCAAGAUUGGUACUGUGGUCCACUACUCAAUACAGAACAUUUUAAGCUUAUUUAUUUUCUCAGGUUUGUGCAUGUGGAAUACUCAAUUCAGAUCGCAUACAGAGGUUUUCAGUUGGGUACAAAUCCAUUGCCUGAGAUAGAUAGCCUUAGCAAAAUAUGACUGUUGACUUGGAAGUACACUAUAAAGUGUGGCCAAAAGUAUCUGGACACCUGACCAUCAAAUCCAUAUGCAGUUUUUCCCCAAACUGUCACCACAAAGCACAAAAUUGUAUAGGAUGUCUCUGUAUCCUGUAGCAUUACAAUUUGCCUUCACUGGAGGUAAAGGGCACAAACAUCUUCCAGCAUGACAAUGCUCCUGCGCACAAAGCGAGGGCUGUGAAGACAUAAUUUACCAAGGAACUCAAGUAACCUGUACAGAGCCCUGCCCUCAACUCCACUGAACACUUAUCAGAUGAACUGGAACACUGACUGAGCCCUAGGCCUCCUCAUCCAACACCAGUACCUAACCUCACUAAUACUCUUGUGGAUGAAUGAGCACAAAUCACAGAUACACUCCAUCUAGUGGAAAGCCUUCCUGGAAGAGUAGAGGUUAUCCAUCCAUUUUCUGUACCGUUUAUCCUACACAGGGUCGCGGGGAGCCUGGAGGCUAUCCCAGGGGACUCGGGGCACAAGGCAGGACUGGGUGCCAACCCAUCGAAGGAGUGGAGGUUAUUAUAACAGAAAAGAGGGACUAAAUCUGGAAUGGGAUGUUCAACAAGUACAUACGGGUGUGAUGGUCAGGUGUCCACAAACAUUUGGCCAUAUAGUGUAUGUUUGGCUCAGCAUCUUCUCCUGGCAGGGGCAGCCAGAUUUUGGGCUGAAUUCAAGAUUCCAUCUAUCUUGACAAGAACCCCUGAACUACCAGCCACAAAACAUCUCUAAACCAUCAAUGAUCCACUGACAUAUUUUACAGUGGGCUAUCAUCCUAUCCUGAGCUGUAUUUAGUGAGAUACUCUUAGGAAGGGCUUCUUCUCGCAAUGCUUCAAAACAGUUUGUUGUUCCAGUAUGCAAGUGGCAUUUAAUGGUUGAUUUUGAAAUGGCACAGCCACCAGCUAAAUUCCACAGUUCUGAUCCUGGGUUCUUUUGCCUUCCUUUUGGUAAAUUUCACAACAGUUUCGGACCUGUGUAGCGUUUUAUUGCCCUAAUUCUGUUUAAUGGUAUUUUUAACACAGUAUGUGUUUUUUUUUGUUUGUUUUUUUUUUUAAUAUAUCCGGUACUUCAUUUGUUGACACAAUGAUCAGUCGGGGAUUUUUUUCUUCUCUGUAUCAUGAAGAGACAGUCACGUAAAGCCUCUAAAUGUCACUGAACAAGUUUUGACUUAAGUCUUUUAAUAAGUUCUCAAGCAUUGCUUUGUAAAAUAAAUACAUAAAUAAUACAAUGCUUAUGAAUGGGUGAAUGGGUUAUCUAGGGUUUAUGAAGGUACCAUUCAUAAAAUGUUGUGUGUGUGUGUGUGUGUGUGUGUAAUAAAAGGAGUCAAACACUCCUGUGACUUGUUAGGACAAGGUGAAAAUGUAAGAGAUGUGUGUUUGAUAAAAGAUGUGUGUGUGUGUGUGUGUGUGUGCGCGCGCGC